CCAAUCCCAUUAGGUCCGAAACAUGUAAAUAAUCCAGAAAGGCAAAUCAACGCCGCGUGCUGCCGUCGUUCGAAGCCACCUCCGAUGGCUCUUCACUUACCCCAGACCUACUGUACUCCUCCUACCUCUUCAUUAUCUUCUUCUCCAUCUUCAUUUAUUGAUUGUAGAAUUUUGCCCUUCAAUUCUCUCUUUUUUACUUCUACUGCCCCUCCCGCUCUCCGUUUGCCUUUGAACACCCGCUGCCCUCUCAAGCCCGUCACAGCCGCGAUAUCGACUGUUGAUAGUCCGGGGACCCAGGGUGCAGAGACGGAGAAUCAGCCCCUUCUCGAAGUCAAAGAUUUGACGGCGGUGAUUGCAGAAUCCAAGCAAGAGAUUCUCAAGAGAGUUAACCUCGUCGUGUAUGAGGGAGAGGUUCAUGCAAUCAUGGGAAAAAAUGGUUCUGGGAAGAGUACAUUUUCAAAGGUUCUUGUUGGUCAUCCAGAUUAUGAAGUGACAGGAGGCAGUGUGUUGUUUAAAGGCGAGAACUUACUUGACUUAGAUCCAGAGGAAAGGCCUCUUUCAGGACUUUUUAUGAGCUUUCAGUCUCCUGUUGAGAUCCCAGGUGUGAGCAAUAUUGACUUUCUGAAUAUGGCAUACAAUGCUCAGAAGAGAAAACUUGGUCUUCCAGAGCUUGGACCAAUAGAGUUCUUUGGUUACUUGCAACCCAAACUAGAACUUGUGAACAUGAAAGGUGACUUCCUUAAUAGAAAUGUCAACGAAGGAUUUAGUGGUGGUGAAAAGAAGCGUAAUGAGAUACUCCAACUAGCAGUUUUGGGUGCUGACUUGACUAUAUUAGAUGAAAUUGACUCGGGGUUGGAUGUUGAUGCGCUUAAAGAUGUGGCAAAUGCGGUGAACAAGCUUCUGACUCCCAAGAAUUCUCUAUCGAUGAUCACACAUUAUCUACGCCUUUUAGAAUUCAUUAAGCCCACAUGGGUCCAUAUUAUGGAGGACGGAAGUAUUAAAAAGGCAGGUGAUAUCUCCUUAGCUAAAGCUCUCGAGAAGGAAGGGUAUAGAGCAAUCGCUGAUUACUAAUGCGGACCAAUGGUAAAUGGUAAUAGGUUGUUUCUUUCGCUUGUUUCUUUUCCUUUUGCGUAACUCUCAUUUUUGUUUUCAAUAUGGUUAGAACUUGAUCCUUUUCUAAAGCCUUUGCAAGGCUUUUCAUUACUGGUGUUGCUUUGGUCUGCAAAACAUUAAAUGCGGAGGAUUAAAAUCUUGUUCUGGUGGAAAAUUUAUGCACCCUGGUAACUUUUCUCAUAUAUUAAGCUUGGCGGGUAAUGCAUUUAGAUAAG